GGAGCUCACCUCACCACAAAACCCAGCCGCACAAGGAAGAAAACCACUCUUGCAUCAUGACGGGCAAGGCUGUGGCUGCUCUCCUGGCUCUUCUCCUGAUCUCGGCUGAGGGAACAAAAGGUGAGGCCAUGCCUCGCUCAGCCGUGGAACUGCGGUGCCAGUGCGUGGGCACCCACUCCAAGUUCAUCCAUCCCAAGUUCAUCCAGAACGUCAACCUCACCCCCAGCGGACCUCACUGCAAGAACGUCGAAGUCAUAGCCACGCUGCGGGACGGCAGAGAGGUGUGCCUGGAGCCCACUGCUCCCUGGGUGAAGCUCAUCAUCAAGGCGAUCCUAGACAAGGCAAACGCCAACCCUGCGACACUGUCCUAAGACGAAGAAGAAAAAUGUCCGAACUCUUCCAGGAAGGCAAAAAACGGGAGAGAUGCUCACCCAGCUUCUGGCAGCUCAGCUCCUCCUGCCUCCUGCACUCACCUGCUAACAGCACCCAGAGCGUAUGGACUCCCUGUCUCUGUAGCUAGCGGACAACAGCACUUUAAGUCUUUUAAAGAGGUCCCUCUAUAUAGGAGAGAAAUGUCUAACACAACAAGAAGCAGGCAAUAAAAACGGCUUGUGGAAGGAGAUGGAGAUGAUUCUGGAGGGGGUUUUGCCAGAGGAGUGCAGUGCUCUUCAGCACAGCUUUCACUAAAUGACACCUUCCCUGCUGGCUAACAGUUUAGGAAAAAUGGGUGUUCUCUCCAGGAACAUCUGCUGUACCCGGGACACUGCACCCAGAGCGGGCCACUGCCUGGAAGAGGGAAACUCACAAAAUUAGGAAGCCAAAAUUCUGUUCUGAGACAUCAGUCUUUGUGCACUCGUUUUCAAGACACUGUUUCUUGUGAAUUAGCGUUGUGAGGCUAUAAACAUAUGUUUUAAUGCCAUCUCUCAGUUAGAAAAAAAGCACUUUAUUUAUUUAAAUAAUUAUUUAUGUUUAUUUACUUUUGCAUAUUUAUUUACUUUUGUAUAAGAAAGCAGAUGGUCUUCAAUAUUUAU